AGAACAGAAAUUGUUUGACAUGUGUGCCGCUACUAUUUAUCAGCAAUUAACGCAGAGUAUAUAGCGUACAGUUAUUACAUACUGGCUGGGAGCGCUCUUUCAUAUAUGGAUUUUGUAGUAAUAAUUAAUGAAAGCUGUUACAUGAGCAGAUAUACUGACAUGAAUCGUAGCUGGGCUGUUCUAUAGCAGCCGUAUAGCGAUUAUUGACCACUAAAUCUCUGUGUUUGAACAGUCGAGAAUGAAAUAGGAUUGGAUUCAGUGGAAUCAAUAAAUUGACGUAUUUGCUCCAGAAAUUUCCAUCUUUUUUUCGUGCCCGGAAUAUCGAGCGUUCCCGGAGAUGGUUCAAUGUCAGUCAGACCUGAUGUCGCUGAUGUUGCAGGGAUGCGACGACUAUUGGGCAUGGAAUAAGCAAGAAAAGUUGCAUGAGGUGAAACUCAUCGGUAACCGACACCAGACGGCGCAUUUUCAUCCGAAGUGGUCCAACGGAACGGCGGCGGUCCGAGGGACGAGGUGCCUUAAUUAUGGGACGCAUUACUGGGAGAUCAGGGUGUCGCAGAGGCUUUUCGGGACGAGUAUGAUGUUUGGUGUCGGUACGAAAAACGCCUGCCUUCACGUGGACUCGUUUGUGAAUUUGAUAGGCGAAGACGAUCAUAGCUGGGGAAUUUCUCACAAAGGAAUCGCCUGGCACGACGGAAAAGGACGGAAUUUCACGAAGCCAUUUAGGGAAAACGAGGCUACGACUGUCGGGAUGCUGUUCGACUGGCAGAAGGGCACGCUGUCGUAUUUCAAGGACGGCGAGUCGUUAGGUGUCGCCUUUACGGGACUUAAUCGAGUGAACCAGGAACUCUAUCCGAUUGUGAGCUCCACCGCCGCCAAAACGGAAAUGACUUUGGGACGCCGUCGCCGGUUGUACCACAGUCUACAGGACAGAUGCCGUGCCGCCAUUGUGUCCAAAGUGCAGGAACCAAAAAAGAUAGACGCUCUGCCGAUUCCAAACAUAAUGAGAUCUUUUCUGAAGGAAACGCUGCGGUAACGUCAUCGACACUGUCGCUUACAUCGGCGGAUUGACCUGACGUAACUUUUUGGUAUUUGAAAAUAUUAACGUUUAGUUUGUGUAUUUAAUUUAAUAUUUUGUAGCUUUUUAGAUUAAAUUGGAAGAUAUUGGUAUUUUGAACAAUUUUCAAUUUCGUUCAUACGUUACGUCUCAAGCAUAACGGACUUUGGUGCAUUUUGUAAAUGUGUAUUGAUCGUCUUUCAUUUUGUAUUUAUUGUACUCUUCAGUGUGUAUGUUGAUGACAUUUUUAUGUAUAGUUUUUAAGUAAAAAUUAACCUUUAGAUUUUUCACUAUUUUCAAAUUCGUUAAAUAUUUGUAAUUUAUUUGUCCCACACAAAGGCUAGGCCGAUAAUUUAAACUAACCGUGAUUUAAGUAUUUCAAACGGUUUAUUUCAAAAUUCUCUUCCUCAGCUGUUUCCCUUUGUUUCUAUUGUGAGCAUUCUACGGAAAAUCGUUGCCAAGUUAUAGAAAUCAAUAUUUCUGUCCGAACAUCAGCUGUUAAUUCGAAUCUGCGGCCGUAAAGAUCAAUACGCGUCGUCUGCAUUAACAACAUUUCACGUCUGCUCUUUAGUGCGAUAUUGAUUUCGCAUCCAGAUGGCUGCCUAUUUUCUUUGCUGAUUAAUAUUUGAAUUAUAGAAAUGUUGUGAUAGUAUUUUUUUUAAACAUCUUUGAUAUCUUUCUGAAAAUUAUUUAAAACAUUUAUAUUUUACAAAUAACCUUAAAUUCGCGUUUUUAAUGAGAAUAUAUACGUCCUUUUGAUUUCCUAACUAUUGCAUUUUUUUACUGUAAGCUUUCGUCUAAAUAAUUUUGAAAGAAUAUCAUUUAGUGCUUUUAUUUAUGAUGUGUUUUUGACUAUCGUUGUGUCAUUUAUUUAUAUGCUUUGCCAAACGUUGCUUUAUGUCCGCUUUUAUAGUCUUGAUAACAACGGAUAUGAAUUUUUCUGCGCUGAAUGUUCCGUCCGUGGAUGAGAGUUCUAGUCAAUCUGUAAAUACCAUUGUCAAUAUUUCCAUGGUUACCAAAGUAGUUCUAGUGUAAAUAUGUAUUAUAGUACAGAAACGGUGCUAGUCGAUCAAACGAAACUGUCAACAUUUAUAGAUUGUGAAACCUUUACUAGUGUAUUAUUAGCUUUCACAAAUUAAAAGUUUCAAUAACAUUUACAGUUAACUUUUUUUUUUAAACAAUAGUAUAUUUUUUGUGGUUUAUAUUCAUUCGCGCAUAACAACAACCCGAAACCUUUCUUUUUAGUAAUUUGAUUUGUUUAGCCUGACUUUGCAUGUAGGAUGUACACAUUUAUUGAUGACUUAUUUAUUUGUGUAUUUUGUUUUGUUGUUGAUUUAUGCAUAUUUCAUGUCAACGGGCCGCUCCGUGCAAUAUCAGAUACUCCCGAUUGCUCUUCUGCACGUGAUCACGUGACCAGAGGACUUCCGGUGUAUCUUGUACAUACUAGUUGUAGUAUUAUUGUUGUAGUAGAAUAUUAUUCAUUCAUUCAUAAAUGAGUUCAUUCGUUCGUUCGUUCUUUCAUUUGUUCGUCCUCUCAUUGAUUAUUUCAUUCAUUCAUUCAAUCAUUCUUUCAUUAAUUUAUUAAUUUAUUCAUUCAUUCAUUCUUUCAUUUAUUCAUUCAUUCAUUCAUUGACGAUAUUCAUUCAUUCAUUCUUCAUUCAUGUGUUUCAUUCAUUCUCAUUCAUGUGCUUCAUUCAUGUGUUUCACUCAUUCAUUCAUUCUUAAUAAAUAGUGUUUUUUUUUAAUUCAUUUAUUCAGUCUCCAUUUAUUCAUUCUUCAUUUAUUCAUUCUUUAAUAAAUUAAUUAAUUAAUUUAUUUUUUCACUCAUUCAUUCAUUCUUUAUUCAUUUUUUAUUUAAUUCAAUUAUUGCUCUCUUCUUUCAUGUAUUUCAUUCAUUGAUUCUUCAGUAAUUCAUUUUUUCAUUAAUUCUUCGUUCAUGUUUUUCAUUAAUUCAUUCAUUCAUUUAUUUAAUAUCCAUUAAUUAAUUCAUUUACCUCAUGAAUAUGUUAUUUAUAAUAUUGUAUUGUAAUUAUCAAAUGAUUAUAUGUCUGUGCAAUCUAUGAACAUUUGUGUAGCUUGGAGGAAAAUAGUCUCGAACAUGUAUAGAGGAUUGUUUUGUGAAUAUGCUUGUAAUAUUGCUAAAAUUAUGUUUAAAAUUUACUUGUUGUAUUUGUCGUACAUUUUUAUAAUGGUUUAAGCUAAGAUUAUAAUUUGAUGAUUUUGUUAAGGCAAACAUAUAUCAUUAAAUAUAAAAUUUUGGGAUCACGGAAUAGAAAUCCAAUAAAAACGGUUCAGAAAUCCUUAAAAGACGCGUAUUUAAAAAAUUCGCUAGAGCGGAUUAGAAAUCCAAAUUCGAAUAUAGGCUAAACGGUUGUAUACAAUCGUAUAGUGAUUGUAUUUUUUCUUUCUUCUCGAAACGCUUCAAUAAUCGAUUAUUUCUCUAGUAGUUCACGACAAUGUUGCUUGCUCAAACAGAUAUUAGUAUAUAAUGUAAAUGUAAUAUAAAUAAAAAUGUUACAAUUAUUUAUUUGUAAAAAGCGUUUACAUAGAUUUUAUGACCAUUAACAGUAGAAUAUAGCUGUUUUGUGCAAUAAAAUUCUGUAAUAAAUGAAAACACGUAUUAAGUAAUGUAUUGAUAUUUGAUUUAUUAUACGACUAAAUGCGGUUCACGUGCAAUAUAUCCUAAAGUGUAUUAUUGUUAUAAAAAACAUGAACGGUCGUGAGAGAUUGGGAAAUAUGGUCAGUUGCAGCCUCUUAGCUAGGUGUUGUGUGUAACCGUACUUAAGAAUAUUUGUAAGUGUGAAAACGUCGCGAGCUUAUGAUCAACUACAUGUUUUUUAGUUUAAUAUUUGUGUAUUAUUUAUUUAUGUAUUUUGUACGUGAUUUAAAAAAUAAAAUUGCCAAAAAGUGA